AUGCGUGAGCAACGCCCUGCUGCAACUUACUUGUCUAUCUUCACCCUUGAGUGUAUCAAUUUCGCUAGUCAAGGCCUAUUGACUGCGUUGGCCUCCCCCAUUCCAAGGGAUACGUCAACCGUCUUUUCCACACUCUCUCUCAACUCGACCAUCGCCAUGAGAGCCCCUCACGUGCCUACUGACUGGGAAAGGACCCACUACUACCACGGUAUCUCCCCCGAUCCGCCUGAGCUACUCUACCGCUCCGACUUUGCCACCCGCACAUUCACUAUCCCCCAAGGGCGCUUUACAGAGGUCCCCAUCAAAACUGUACACGGGGUUUUUGGCACACACCUCAACCUCGUAUGGGACACCGUCGGUCCUCAUAUUCGCGACUAUCUAAAGGCCCGAAAAGUCAAAUACUCGUUUUUUACGGUGGCGCGCUUUGGUACGAGAAGCAGCUUUUAUGAUAAGGAGGAGGAUUCAGAGUUUGGCCCGCUUGUGCUUUGGAUCGCCACACACCCAGGCACUACCACCGUUGACACCGCCCACGAUGUCUCACCCGCUCUUCUUGCGUUCUUCACUGCCUCGGGUGUUGACGAUGUUGUGGCUGAAUGGUAUGAGGGCCCUACAGAGGAGCUGAGUUGCCCUCCCCUCCUAUCCGUUACCAGCGAUUCCGACCCCACUUAUUUUGUGCGGCAUUUCUUGACCACCGCGCUCGGUAUGCCUAUUGCGACAAGGGAACGUGAGGAGGAGGGAAGCGUAGCCUUCUUUUUCCACGAGAAUAAACACAAGGAUGGAAGCCCAAGCUCUCGCGUUCUCGGCGUUACCAACUGCCACGUGCUUCGUAAAAAUACCAGUAUCGACUACGAGUACAAGGGCAAGGGCUACCCAUCUUGGAGAGUGCGCGUGGCAGGAAAACGCCGUUUUCAGCGGGGUUUCGACGAGAUCCGCGCAUCUAUGAGCUCGCUCGCUUUUGACGCUGAACUCUUGGUACGCGAAAUUUCCAGAGUGGAGGAGAAGCUGCAGACCGCGACAGGUGAGGAUGCAGUGGAGCUGGCAGCGGAGAAGGUGGAAAGGGAGACCAGAUUAAUGAAGAUGAAACGGGAUAUGAACAAAACGGAGGAGUUUUAUGAGAGCAUCGCCACGGGCUGGAGCGAUCUCAUGCGCCGUAGUAUCGGGCGCGUCGACUGGGCCCCGCGCAUUUCUGUCGAAGUUGUGGAAGACUCAGCUUACACGCUUGACCUUGCCACUUUUGAGCUAUAUGAUCAUCGGUUUAGGGCCAACUUCAAAGGCAAUGUUGUAGACCUGGGAGCCAAAUACACACUGUACCAGCUCCGCGAGAAGUUUUACCCACAGGCCAACGCUUCCAGUCCUUUCAAGCUUCCUUUCGACGGCCAGCUUCGUAUCAACGGCUGGGUGACGAAGGAGGAGCUGGUCAAUCCCGAAAGCGUCGACAGCCACGGCGAGCCCUGCCUCAUUGUCAUGAAAUACGGGAAUACCUCAGACCUGACUGUGGGCCGCUGCUCAGGCCUCAGCGCCUAUCGCUGCUCAGCGCUUGGUGUCGACUCGGUCGAGGUUGCAAUAUGGAACUACCACAACGAAUCCGGUCCCUUCGCCGCCAAAGGAGACUCUGGCUCACUUGUAUUUGAUGGCAUGGGUCGUAUGGUUGGCGUCCUGCAUGCGGGCGGCGUGAACCGUCAUGUCUCCUUCGCGACGCCGGCCUGGUGGGUCAUCGAGAAACUGAGGGAAAGGUACCCGUAUGCCGAUUUUGACCGCCAGAGCUUCUAG